AUUGACCAUUGGUACCAUUUGACCUUGUUAAUGAGUGACUUUGAAUUAUAUAGGAAAGUUGGACAAAUGCAAGCAAAAAACAACGGGAGAAACUACUUGAACUGAUACGAAGAUUAGCUGAAGACGACAAAGAAGGUGUGAUGGCCCACAAGGUAAUAUUUAAAUUGUAGCCAUGUUGCCUGCACGACAUACACUGAUCUGAAAAUACCACUGCGUUGCAUAACCUUGUUAUUCACUGCUGUAUUGACUAUUGUCCAGAUUCUAUUGCGGUGAAACGGUAACAUGUAUUAUUACUGUAAUACAAAAAAUUGAUGUGAAAUUCAAGGAGGCUGAUUAUAUAUCUUACUAUGGCGAAAUGAUUGAGUCCAUGCUCCAUGGUUGUUAUAUUUCUACAUUUUAAUAUUUACAUUUUUUAACCGUUCAUAUAACAUAAUUUAAGGCAUAACAGCGAACAUUUUGCACAUUGAAGCCGAACGUCAUUAUGGUUUCUUUCUCUCAUUUUACCAUGAUUGUAUAAAUUUGCAAAUUGCUUAAAAUGAACCUUGUUGUGAAAUGUUAAGGAGUUUCUAGGCUUUCCCCACAAAGAAAGAACAAUUCUUAAAAUUUUCGUAUAAAAAUUGAUAUCUGGGUGUUUACUUAUCUGUUACUGAAGGUGCUUGGUUUGUUAUGGAACUUGGCGCAUAAAGAUGACGUCCCAACAGACAUUAUGGAUCAAGCUUUAAACGCACAUAUCAAGAUAUUGGACUACAGCUGUUCACAGGUAUGUUAACUGCACAUGAGACUGCUGCACUGCCGAAGGGUGUAUUUAUGCACUCCAGUGGCCCAGGUGGGACUUCAGUAAUAGAACCUACGUACUGUGCUAUAUUCUGAAAAAACCCGCAGUGCAAUUUGGUAUAUAUGUAGUAUAUUGUCUACGAGAAGCAGUUUAUUAGGAUGACUUGAAUCACCAAAAAGUGUUUUGAAAACGGGAUGCUUGCCGAGAUUUUAUAACAUACUUUGACAUCUUUUCGGGGCAACAUUACUUUCAUAAAUGACUUAAUUCGAGUGUACGAUAUGAUGUUAAAGGGACCAGUAUUUAAAAAUAAAUUUAACACGAAACUUGACUUGUUUUAUGGACCUUUAUUACACCAUGUUUUGCUGAUGAAUUAUUAAAGAGUUCGAGGGUUGUGUUAUGGAGAUAAAAUCACCUGAAAAUACAAACAGAACUUCGACGUUUUACUUCUCGACGAAGAGUCUUCUCUCGAAAUAUCGAAGUCCUGUUUGUAUUUUCCAGAUAGUUGUAUCUCCUACAUAACGCUGUUGUUUGUAAUUAUCACAACCUACACUUGCACCGACCGUACGAGAUUUUAAGUUAGAGAGUUUAUACCUGUCACGUUUUAGGAAGCGUUACUAUUUUUACACUUUUGUAAUUUUGUAUUCUUUUGUAUUUUAAACUUAACCCUAAUCCGAACCCUUACUCUAAUCCUAACCCUAAUCUUAAUCCUAACCCUUGCCUUAAUCCAAACCCUAAUCCUAACCCUAAAAGUCUAAUAACUGUUCCUAAAUCGUGACUCAUACGAGAGAGUUGUUGUACUACAUAUAUAUUCACCACAAAAUUCGUAACCUCGUGCCUAUAUACUUCGGUAACUUGACUUUAUUUGAACAUUUAUAUUCAUAAUUAGGAUCGUGACUCUCAGAAGACGCAAUGGGUCAACAAAUGUGUUGAAGAAUUACGUAAUGAUACCUGGGUGUUACCUGCAAUCAAGCAAAUUCGAGAAAUAUGUUGUUUAUUUUAUGAGGUAAAGUUACUUCGUUAUAUAUCGUUUUGUUUCUUGAAAGAAAACCCUCCAUCCAUUUCUCUCCCUUCCCUAUAUUUUGGGAUCAUGCCCUCUUGUGUAUCGUCUCCAUUUAAAUCAAUUUCAUGCAACAUCUUCCGUAAGUCCUAUCUCUUUAAUUCCAUGAUUUCAUUUUAUUCUUGGUCUUCCGCUGAAUAUUUUUCCAUUUUGAAAAAACGUCUUGCUCAGCAAUCUUCAUGAAAGUGUUUAGCUUAUCCCCUCCUUUUUAACUCAAUCCACCUCUUUAGUAACUCUCCCAUCAUUACAACAAAAACACCCCCCUUCUUUUCUUUUUUGAGAUGGUUUAUCCCCUCGUUAAAGAAGGGGGGGGGGGGGAAUCGAACUAUGUACAUUAGUGUAACUCUGCUAAAUGUUCAUAUAGUGAAUUGUAAUUCUCGACUCGUAAUCGUGCAUAUAUGUUUUAGGCACCUCAAAAUUACUCGCAUACACAAAAGAAUCCACACGUAUUUUAUCGUCACGAAGUACUUAAUGAUUUACAAACCCAACACCAACUAAUAUCACUAAUGGCUGCCAACUUAAGGAGUUAUAUGUCCAAAGUCAGAAGUCUAGGUGAGUGGAAUACAUUUAUUAUACAGGGUGUAUUAAAAAGAUCAUUAAACUUUGGCAUGUUAUAUCGUGCGUUAGGUUUAUCGUAUAUGGAAUUUCAUUCUCCAUACCAAAUACCUGUUUUCUAUAUCAUUGUGAUAAAAAUAGCCAAAUACAAUCCGAUUUAUAGAAUGGCCAGUCAAAAUUGCAUUUUCCCGUCAUUGGUGCAAAAUUAUUAGUCUGAGUAUUGAAACUAUUCUCAUUUCGGAUUCAGAUUUAAGAAUUGAAAUAAAGGAACCCUAACGUAUGGGUUAUUUAUCGAUCCUUAGUAAAUAAAAUGGUUCAACUUCCGAUGUAACAACGAUGUUUCGUGGUUAAAAUAUUUUGCGAAACUGGAAGUUUGCAGAGACCUUGCGAUGCCGAAUGUUUUGUAGAUAGCCAACUUCAAUUCGGGCAAAUGAUUGAAAACGUGUUUUCGACCAGCAAUUUUCAAUCGUAUCUUAUUUUUUCAAGUUUCCUAAAACAUUUUUUUUAUAUAAACAUAUUUUAAUAGUUUUUUUUGCAUUUGCCCAAGAGCACAAAGGCUCAUCUAUGUCGCUCACACAACAUUUACAUGAUUUUUGUUACAUCCCCAAAGCAACAAAGUUGUUUAUAAUUUCUUGAUAAGUUCAUGCAUUUUUCGUAACCGCUCAUGGUCAGAUCUAAUCAAUGUAUAAAAUCUACACUUGACGUUUCCAUCUACAUAUGGAUACACCGCAGUAAUACAGCUGCAUGCAUGAAAUAUGCUUAUUUUCUAUUGAUCUUUUUCAACAGAUAAAUUAACAUCAGAUCCCAAUAGUUUGGUACUGGAUGGCAGGUACUCUCAUGUUCAACAAGUUCAGAAACGACUCAGUUUUCUUAGGUAAGUUUCGAUAUUGAAAUAUGCCUUCCAAUCAUUAUUUAUCAUCACCUUUUCCCGAAGUACUGGAAUUUUUUUCUAAAUCCUUACUAUGGAAAUAGUAUAUGGAUCCUGGUUGGAAAUAGUAUGAAAUCCAAUUCCCAUACUAACUGCCAUCUCCAUAUACUGUACAAUGGAAUAUAACAAUGCAGUGUGAAUAUAGUAGUGAUGUACAUGUAUACUAGUAUAUGGAUUUCACCAUUUUUUUCCAAUGGAAAAUAAAAUAGAUAUUUAUAUAUGUCAUAAUAUUUAUUUGCUGAUAAGUUUAUUAUUUGAUAAUUUAUUCCGAUAAAACUGUAAUAUGAACAAUAUUAAGCACUGUUUGCUGUAACAGUAUCACCUGAUGACGUUCUUUUUAUUCAGGUUUAUACUUAAAGACGGGCAACUCUGGUUGUGUGGUCCUGAAGCAAAAAUCGUAAGCCCUUGAUUUGCCAAAGAAAUGUGUUUGUUUGACAAUCGAAAUUCUUAUCUAUUAACAAAAUCGCUCUCAUUUCUAGAUUUGGGAAGCCUUAGCUGAGAAUUCAGUCUUUCCCAGUGACAGGGAAGCUUGUUUCAAAUGGUUUUCAAAGGUAUGCAUCAUCUUGCGUGAGGAAGAGCAUGCACAUCGAAUGCCAUUUGACUUCAGUCAUAGUGUUAUAACAGCUAUAAAUUAAGUACUUUUUUAUGGAAUUUAAUGGCCACACUAUUUCGCGAAGUGUCCGCCACUAGGAAUCAUGGGGGCACUGGUCAGUGAGUGCCAAUUGUCUCCACUGCCGUUCUCAACUUCUCGUUAUCUCGUGUGAUGUCACGAACACUUUAGAACAAUUUAUUUAGAUCCCAAAUGUUGACCAAUACUUUCAUGGUCGCAAAAACUUUGUCACGGCUUUGUUAUACAGAUAUUAAGCUACUAAUCAACUUUCUACUAAAAUUCCUUAUAUUACUAUUUUUUUCAUAGCUCAUGGGUGAAGAGCAAGAUCUGAAUCCUGAAAUUAGUGGAAUGUUUUUUGAAAGCAAAGUUUUAAAAAUAGACCAAAGUUGUUUGACAGAAAAUGGAAUGGAGUAUGUAUAUAUGCUCAUUUUCCUCGUUCUUGAGUCCUUGGCGAACUAUAGAAAACAUUGCUGCUGAAACACUGUUUUCCAUACAAAACGCUUAUGUCACCCUGUUAAUAUCAGGGCGACAACAGGGUGACAUAAAAACGAUAUGUCACUGAUAUCUUUUUUGUCACCAAUAUCGCUUUUUGUGCCGCAAUUUUAAUAAUUUUGCAUUCGGGCAAUGAUUAAUAUUCUAAUAAAUUCUGGCCUUGAUAAAGGUGCAAGUAUAUUAUAAUAAACAGGUUAUCAUAAUCGGGGUGAGGUGAUAUCAGUUUUAUCGCUUUGAGGACGAUAUCAUAAAUGUCCCUCGUUCGCUGCGCUCACUCGUGACUUUGAAGAUAUCGUCCCUCAAGCGAUAAAACUGAUAUCGCCUCGUCCCUCGUAUGAUAACCUACAGUAUGCAUAUAAAAGCAAAGUGUGUAAAGGUAAACUGAGUACAUGUAGUGAAAUUCCGAUGAAUAAUGAACACCCAAUCAAAGGCCAUAGGUUGCGACGUUGCGUCACGUGCAUACCCUUGUAAAACCUCGUACAAAUUGAGUAUAAUAAUUGGGUACUUACGCUAAUUGCCAAUUAUGUUCAGGCACUAGUAGUUAUAACUGUUAGAACCACAAGUGCUUGAUACUAGUUUGCAUUUGAAUUCUAGAUUCCCCUUAUUUCGUUUUCGUAGCGCUUUGCAUUGUGGUUAUAGUGGUAUCACUGAUAAAGUUAGCGGCCUCGAAUGAAAAUAUUGAAUGUUUACGCGAAUAUUUUGCUGUUAGCUAUCGCUCACCUGACCCUAGCUUUUUUUAAAAGUUCUUGCGCGGGUCAGGACAAAAAAUAAGCCAUCUUGAAUAUCAGUGAUACCACUAUAACCACAAUGCAAAGCGCUACGAAAACGUAAUAAGGGGAAUCGUCAAUUGGUUCAUUUCACAAAAUAUCUAUUUCGCUCGUUGUUACAUUUUCAAUACAGUACUACCGUUCACGUUGUAAACAUUAUAGUUACCUCAUUUUGUACCGCCUUUAAUAACUACACUGUCUCUUGUUAGGUGUUUUGAAAGAUUUUUUCAAAAAGUGAAUGUCAAAGAAGGAAAGUUCGUUAGUAAACGUCGUAUGUUAGUUAUGGAUGAUCUUGAUUUAAUUGGGAUCGAUUAUUUGUGGGAAAUUGCCCUGAAAGGGUCGGAGCGGAUUGUGGGAAGAGCUGUGAAUUUGUUAAAACAAAGUUAUACAAAUCUUGGUCCAAGAUUACGAGCGAAUCAGGUAAGGACGUUAGUCUUCCUUGAAGAAAGAGCCUGGGAACGAGGUUGGUAGGAAUUUCGAAUACCAUGGCCCCGGGUAAAAACAACCUCGUGCGCAGGGCUUUUGCGCUGAGUACGAGGUUGGUUGAGCGAGAUCACGCAUUGGUGAGCUAUUCUUCCUAUAUAAACGGACGUAAGUAGGAUUUCAAUUAGCCAUUUCCCAAAGUCCUGGGUCUAGUCGCGCAAAUCCCAUGUUGGAGGGACAAGAAAUAUGGCAGCACAUAUUUAAAUUAAAAGUUUAAUGUAAAAAAGAGAUAUUUCAUUUUUGGUCGUCUAAAAAGUUGAUAUUUGAUAGUAGAUACAUCUACUCUUUCACAUAUUUGACGCCUGUCACCAUAUAUUUUGUCCCUCCAAACGGUCCCAGAAUGCACUGUGAUCUCUUUUGCGAAAAUGCUAAUAGGUACGCGGGAUCUCGCUAAGGAGGGCCACUAUGUACUGUAUGUAGGAUGAUAUAUACUAUUAUGAUGUUGUUGUUAUAGGUGGACAUACACGAAAAGAUAAUCCAAAAAUGUAUGCAUCACCUUCAACCCUCGUACGAGGUUCUACAGCAAGAAUCAGCGGACAAGAAAAACUCUAAAAAUAAAGCGAACGAUUCAAAAAUACAUGAGGCAGCAUUACGUAUUGUGAGAUGUUUAACUGUCUUGCGAGAAUACAUAGCUGAAUGUGAUGAUGAUUAUGGCGAGGAAAGAUUAAUUUUACCGCAUGGUAGAGCGUAUUAUGGCAAGCAUAUUACAUUGAUUAUACGUACUGUGGCACAAGGUAGACAAACUGAAGACUUUGAAUUAUGGUCACAUCUCAAUGAAACUAUUGCAACUGUGCGUCGACAUAUUUUACAGAAGUAAGUCAGAAGCUCAUUUUUCUAGUUUGGUUGUUGUGGCACGAUGGCGCUUCACCUCUGAGACUGCUGAAUGUAGAGCGUUUGCACAUGACGUCACAGCCGCCAUGUUGGUGUUCCAAUUCAGAAGAAUUAUAAUUAGACUCUUUUGUCUGGAACACCAACAUGGCCGCCAUGGCUUUUGUUGAGUUGGUCCCUGGGGAAUGAGUGAAAACGCUCUGUGUAUAUGCGCUUCACCUCUGCGAUUUCUGAAAUAUGGAGUUUUCUUAUUAUAAUUUCACCUCACUUGCAGAGUUGCAAACUGCGGGUAGCACCCGUGAGGAAGGUUUACCAUAUCUGAGGUCAGUGAGGGAGGUUUAUCGUGGAACACUCUACUCAACACUGACACCACAAAACAAAUAAAUGAUACUUGACUAGGCAUGUUGAUGUUGUGCUGGUAACUAUUGUGGUAGUGUCGCUACCAGAGUCGCAUUGGAGUAUACUGCAUGAGGAGAAAACAAUAAAAAUUGAAAAACGUUCAGUAGAAAAGAAGAAUAAGAAGCCGAUUCGAUUUUGAAUGACAUAAUUUAUGUAUUUUUCAAUUCGAAAAAGCCAUAAUUUACAUUAUUUUGAGGAAGGUUUCAAAACUUAAAUUUUUUCCCGGAGUUGGACAUUUUUGCAGCUCUGUGCUUCAGUAGCCCGCGAGUGCUACUCGAGUCUAUUUUAUUUCAGUUUGACUCGCUCGAAACGCGGAAGUGUUUUUAAUCGUUUCCAGAUUGCUGAAACACAACGGCAGCUUCUUAUAGCAUGCUACCUACAAUGGCCUUCGCGUUUGAGACAUACAGGUAGUAGAAUUUGACUGACAUCAUUUUUACCUAGGAUGCGAACGGUGUUUCCUCAAGUCUCAAAAAUCGAUCUGUAUGUUGGUGGGGACCUGCUCUCUCCAGUGGAUGAUAAAAGAUUGAUUGGAAAGUGUCAUUUUCCUGAACGAGUGGUA